GGGAAUGUUGGUUUAAUUAAUCAUCGUCAUCAUUAGUAGACAGAAGACAAAAAUGUCCAGUUUGAUUAUUUUAUAACCAACUGGAAUAUUAAAGUUUGUGUUUAAAUUAUAUUUAUGUAUUUGUGUUUAUGCUACUGCAUUUUGAGUUAACUACAGUCAAUGUUUUGGUUCUACUCACUUCAUCGAUAGAUCGAUGCAUUACUCACUCAUUGCAGCGCUUUGAAGCAUCAUGGCGUCCUACAUGGUUCCAGCCGCCGUUAAGUUCUCUGCAGUGUUUUUGUUGACAAAACGAGCUCAAUCUGUAAAUAAAAUCUGCCGUCUUCCACGGAGUGCCACCGCAGAAGGUCCCAGGUGUUGGGGGUUUUUCAGUCUCUCCGUGUCGUCCCGCUCCUCCUCCUCGGACACUUCAGCUAUAGAUCUUCGUGGCUCCGGUGACAUUGUGGAUCACUUUGAGCGGCUUGUGCAAAGUGGCUCCCUAAAGAAGGACGCUCAGCAGAAAUAUGUUCUCCAGCGGCUGGCUCUACUGCAGCAAACUUUAAAGACUUUCACUAACAGGAUGUACCUGAACCCUCUAUCAACACAACACUACAAAGAUCACAGCAGGCAACCUCAAAAUGAUGAUGCCACAACAACCAAAACGGAACCUCCUCCACAACAACUACCACCACCUAAAGGUCUCUAUAUAUACGGAAAUGUUGGCUCAGGGAAGACCAUGCUCAUGGAUUUAUUUUACUCCCAUGUGGAAAACAGUUGCAAAAAGAGAGUCCACUUCAACAGCUUCAUGUUGGAUAUCCAUAAGAGGAUCCACCGCAGGAAACAAAGCCUGCCGAAGCGAAGGCUAGGGGAAAUGUUCAACUAUGACCCCAUAUCCCCGGUUGCCAUGGAGAUCAGCAGUGAGAUCUGCCUGUUGUGUUUUGAUGAGUUUCAGGUGACUGAUGUUGCUGAUGCCAUGAUCCUGAAGCAGCUGUUUGAGGCACUGUUCAAAACCGGAGUGGUGGUGGUGGCCACCUCUAACAGACCCCCAGACGAUCUGUACAAAAACGGACUUCAGAGGGACACCUUCCUACCUUUCAUCGGCGUGCUAAAGAAAUACUGCCACACUGUCUGUCUGGACUCUGGGAUGGACUACAGGAGGCUGGACAGGCCUGCAGCUGGAAAACUUUACCACCUCACAGGAGAGCCCGGAGCAGAGGCUUACCUUGAUGCACUGUUUGAGGAGCUGGCAUUAAGACAGAAGAGUGUUACUCGUUCUCGUGUUCUCACCGUCCUGGGCAGAGAUGUGACUCUUCAGAAGACGUGUGGCUCCAUCGCUGAUUGUACUUUUGAAGAACUGUGUGGUAAACCAACGGGUGCCAGUGAUUACCUGGAAAUGGCGCGGAUCUUUGACACUGUAUUCAUCCGCCAUGUUCCCAAACUGACGCUGACUCUGAAGGACCAGGCCAGGCGCUUCACCACGCUCAUAGACAAUUUCUACGACCACAAGGUGAGAGUGGUGCUUCUGGCAGCGGCUCCGUUAGAGCAGCUCUUCGUCCACACCGGAGGAGAAGAUGAGAGGGAUCGACAGCUGCUGGAUGACCUGGGCCUCAGCGACGAGGCAGCAGAGAGGCUCACUCUGUUCACAGCCGAGGAAGAGAUCUUUGCUUUUCAAAGGACCGUCUCUCGGCUGAGGGAGAUGCAAACUGAGGCUUACUGGACGGAGGGAGAUCGCAGUUCCAGCAGUAGACAACAUGAGUAGCUAACAUCUGCAGCUGAAAGCUUUGAUAAGAAACUACCUCCCAACAGCAUGAUGCCUCACUAACCAGCUUCACUCCUUAUAAGGAGUGAAUCAGCAUGUCUUAGAGCAGUGUUGUCCAAAGCUAGUCUUCAGAGGCCGAUGUCCUGCGUGUUUCCCCGAUUCAGCACACCUGAAUCAAAUGAAGGAGCUCUUGGCAGGUCGUGCAGAACUGGAUGUCGUGCUAAGGAGGCAAUGCAGCAAUUUAAAUCAGCUGUGUGUGUAGUGACACAUCUAAAAACAUUCAGGACACCGGUUCUGUUUCAGAGUAAGCAGCACUUUGCUCCAAACAGUAAAACAAAAACUGUGUCCCAUGUCAUCUGAUGUCUCCCCAUGUUUUAAAUGAGUUGAAUAUGUCCUGCAAGGACUGCUCUCUCCCCCUUGUGGACUGCUGGUUUAAAAGGUCGACAGCUUUCCAGGGAUUUUACGGCACAGCGGGGAGAGGAUCAAGCAUCCUUCCUUUGCGGGUGAUUAGUGCCCUCUAGUGGAGGAAAGUUUAUAAAAUAUUUUUUUAAACCAA